AUGUCUGAUGAAGAGGAUAAUGCCUCGAUUAUAACUGGUGGUGUUGGCUACAACAUUGGCCUGCCAUCAGUUCUUUCAUCAACUAGAAACUCGUUUGAUUCUCUUUCUAAUUAUUCAUUUGUUAGUGACACCAACAACUCCACGCUAAAUAGUAGCCUGGGGAAUGCCUUUGGCAUUGCCACAAAAUAUUCUCCAUUGGGAUUCAAUUCGAUAUAUGAGCUUGUUUCUGGCGUUGACUCGAGAAGAAAAAACAAGAUAGCCAUCAUGAUCAAUAAUAAAACCACCAAGAUUUCACUAGGCCCGCCAACAAUUAAAGAUAUUCCCCAAAUCAGGCUUGCAAAAGCUGAAAAAGUCGACGAUACAGAAUUUUCAGAAUAUACCAUGGCCAUUGAAGAACAAUUUGAGAUUUUUCAAGAAAAUAGAAACUUGACUCGUUCUGCAUUGACUACCAUAGAGACUAAUGAAGAUCAAGCCCCAGGAGAAUUACAUAAAAACCACAUCGAGAAUGUUCCGAAAAUCUAUUUCCACCAGGAUUUCAGACUUGAUGAUCCAAGAACUUUCUAUAAAGUCAUAGAUGGCAAUGAAAUUUUGAGCACAGACACAGACAAUAAUCAGCCGCAUCCCAAGUCCAAUGAUCAGUUUUUGGUAAACAAUGCAUUGUUGCAGGAAAAGCUAUCAUGGUACUUAGAUAUUAUUGAGAUCCAUUUGAUCGAUGAGAUCUCGAAGUCCUCAAACUCAUUUUUCAAUACAUUCAAUGACUUGAGUAAAAUUACCGAAAACCUGAAGGUUUGCAUAGCCAAAUCUCAAAAACUAUUAAAGAAGUUCGAUCAAUUAGAAGGGAACCAGAGUGAACUUGGCCUAAAAAUUUUGAAGAAUGUCACCAAGAAAUUAAAUCUCAUCAAGUUACAACAAUCAAUGGUACAAAUCCAUUUAAUAUUGAAAAUCUCCGAUUUUGCAGAAUUGGUGUACUACAAAGGCAGCAAUAACAGUGGAAAUAUUACCGAAGAAUCUAUUAUCAACAACCAUUUGGACUCCUUGAGUUUAAUAAAUUUGGCGGAAUACUUGAUCAGUGGUGAUUUGGCAACUUUUGAACUGAACCUCAGACAUAUUGUGGACACAGAUUCAAAUAACGAAGUUUUCUUGCCUAACUCAAAGUUUAUUUCAGAUUUAAUAAAUAAGUUUCACAGAAUAUUCAGCAAUGCAGAUGGGAACUGUGCUAUCCGAGACGUAUCUUCAAUACAGUCGCUCCAAAAUCUUAAAUCUUUACUUGGCAAUUUAAAGAGUAAGAUUGGAACUUCUCUUAAUAAUCUCUUCAUUGAUUUCUUGGUUAAUGAUUUGAAAAGCUCGCUUAGCUUAGCAUCACCUAAUGCCAACUCUAUUCAAGCUAGUUUGUUGAGCUUAUUGCUCGAAAAUCUUAAAUUCGAUAAUAAAAUUAUCACGGAAAAUCUCAAAUCAUUUCUUUCGACUUCUGGAAUUGAAAAUCCUACAAAGUUUGGGCCAAGCUCAAAUUUACCAAUAGAUCAUUUCAAAAAAAUUCUAAUCAAGUACCUUUAUGGUCUCAUAAAAUCUGACCAGAUUUUCAUUUUUUUCAAAAAUUUACAAGAAAAAUUAGUAACGGAAUUCAAAAGUGUCAUCAAAUUUCAUCUCCCAACUACUCCGUUAGCAAGCUCAUCAUAUUCUUCUUCAUCUAGUUUGAAUUUAUUAGGCCAAAGUGACGACGAGAAAAAGAACACUGUGGUAUUAAACGUUGGUACCAAUUCCUUUGAGUCCUAUCAUAACUAUAAGGACGCUCGCCUGCGUUUAGUCAAUAAUGAUUCCUUGGAAACCGAAUCUAAUGGAUCAACUACCAUCUCUAACCUUACAAAUACCAACUCCACUCAUGGUACGCCGACUAAUUUUGGUAAUACCAACCAAAUCCUCGUCAACAAUCUAAGAUCCAUGUCCAAUCCGAUCGACUUCGAAAUCAUCUUGGUCAAUAUUUACUCUAAUCUAAUCACUUCAUUCAAGCGAGUAUCAUUUUUCCAAAAAAUAUUACUUGACUUAUCACUUGAUUUGAUUCAAUAUUUGCCUCCGAGACCCGCUGCUAAUGAAAGCCAAUCAGAAGACAAUAUGUUGUCCAAUCUUGAUUUAUCUUCGACAAUCACUAAAAUUAUCGACAUUGUUAAUAAGAGACUUUUCAAAAUUGUGAAUAUUAAGGCUGAUCAGAUUUCAAACUGUCUGAUAACUGGAUUUGAUUAUUUUUCAAAAUUCUAUAUCUUAAACAAGGUUUUCUUGAUUAAACUCGAAAAUUUGUCGACUUCAUCAUUGUCCACCGGUCUUUUACAAGUGGACCCACCACCAAAUUACUUGUCAAAAUUCUUGAAUAAAGAAAUCUAUGAUUACUACAUCUCUUAUACUACGAUUCUCAAGAAAAACACCAUUGACAUUAUUGAAGCCGAUGUUUGGAAAGAUUUGAGUAAUGUUGCUGAAGGGGAUCAGUUGCAAAGAACUGGACAAGAACUCAUUCACGAAAUUACGCAAAUUUGUGAUAAUAUUGCUACUACCUCGGGUAAAUCAAUUGCUAAGCUUCCUGAAUCUUGGGUGGACAUUAUUGGAUUCACUUCCUACUUGAAAACAGACAUUCUUAAGGUUAAGAAAGGUGAAGUUCUUGAAAUUGAUUCCGCUAAAAGUGUGUUAUCCGCGGUAAAUACUCCGGUAAUGGAGGUUUCGAGCUCUCCAUCGAAAAAGAAGGCGCUCAAAAAAUUAACUAUCAAAACUUUUACCGGUUACUCUGAUCCUCGCGCAUCCGAGAGUGACCAUACUCAAGAGGAUACAAACAAUCAUACUUCUAUUGUUGUACCACAGUUGGUAGUUUCUGUGCUUCAAUCCAUCAAAGAAUUGUUGAUCUUGCAUUUAACUUUAGGAAGACAUCAUGCUUCUUUCCCGUUUGUGCUAGUUGAUUUGAUCAGAUUGGUGAAUUCAAAGAUGAGACAUCAGAUAUUAGGGGCCAAUGCUACAAAAACUACAGAUUUGAAGCAUAUCACUGCCAAACACUUGACCAUUUCAUCUCAAGGUUUAGAAUUAUUUAUUCGACUCAUUCCUUUUGUUUCCAUGAUUAUCUCGACUAUUAACAAGACUAAUCUAAAUAAGCUGAUAUUCAAGAGAUCACAAGAGAUCCAAGGUUCCAGCAAUGACGACAGUAAUAGUGUCACCGUUGAAGAAGAGUUCCGAAACCUAACCCAAUCUCUCACGGACCAUCAAAAUGAUGUCUUCACCAAAUUAAUUUCCAUCAUGAAUGAUCGGGUUACCAAUCAUGCAAUAGAGCUCUCCAAAAUUGAUUUCUCAGUUCCUGAAAUCUCAACCUCUCCUUGUAACAGAUACAUGGAAGUUUUGGUUAAAGAAACUGUCACUAUUUCUAAAGUUUUAACCAAAAACUUGCCGGAAAAGCAAUACCUUAUAAUCUUGUCAGAAAUUUUCAACAAUUAUAAAAAAGUCAUGCUAAAAGAAUUUGAAAAAUUUUCUUCUGCUUCCAAUAAAGCUUCAAGAACUGGUAAAAUUUUCCGGGAUAAUUUUGAAAAAAUGAAUUUGUUAAAAGAUAUUGAUUAUUUCAGAGUGAAGUUGGGUGAUUUACCAGGGUAUGGUGAGAGUGGAACAGUGAUGUGGGAGGUUGUCAAUAACAUCAAGACCAAAGAAGAUUUAGAUAUGGAACUCAAAAUGGUUGUCCUCAAUAAACAUACAGUCACAGAAACUGUUAAAUCUGAAGAAGUGGAGACUAGCAGUGCAGAAAUAUCAAAUGCAAAAGAUGAAAAAACCGAAGUUGAAUCUGGAAACUCCGUGGCAAAUGACACCUCUGAUUUGAAGGCUUCUACAACAGAAGUGCAACUUAUUACUCCAUCUGCUAUUCAAGAUGACACUUUUGGGGAAAACACUGAUGCGGAUAUAACUGCUGUCAGUCCUGCUCCUGAUACUAGUAAUAAUCAGGAACAAGUGCUCGAUGAAGCCGUGCCUGUUGUACCUGUCGGACAUAUUUUGCCCCAUGAUCUCACAAAGGUUGAUGAUAAAGAAGCACCAGAAACUAUUCCAACAUCAACGGAUAUUGCUGAUGAGAAGGAAGAUAAUCAUCAAACAGUGAAUGUUUUUGAGGAAAAUGAAAAAUUGGAGCCACAGGAAGAAACGAGCAAGCCAUCAGAAGCCAGUGACAUUGUUGACAAGACCAAAGAAGACAAUGAAUCAGGUUUGGAAAAGUCUGCACCAAAGGAUCAAGAAUUGAAAACUAGUAGCCCAUUGGUAUCCAGCAUUACCAAAAUGCCAGAAGUUGGUGAUACUUCCACAAAUGAAGUUGCUUGUGUUCAAGAAGUUAAGAGUGAAAACAUUGAAAAUAUUGCGAACUCUCUGAAGGCAUCUUUAACAGCAUCACCGGUGGAUGAUGAUGUCUCAAAGCUAAAUCUGCCUGCUGCCACAAGUGCUUCUAAAGGGGAUGAAUUUUAUAGCAAAUCUCUAGCAGACAGCAUUGAGGGAUCAUCUGUUGAUGAGAAUGAAAGGUUGAAGAAAGAAGACGGAUCGGUUAUAAAUGAAAGCACAAUAGUUGAAAAUAAAGAAGUGGAAAGUGAAAACAACGGGGACAUUAUUGAAACCAAUGUUGUCAAACCCCCGGAAGCUUCUGAAGCAAAAGAAAUUGUAUUGGAAUCUAAAGCAGUUUUGCUAGAAGGCGUUAACGGAUCAUCUGCCAAUGAAACUGAAGACCUGAAACAACAAGAAGAAGUUGCUACAAAUGAAUCAUCUGUACUGGACAUACAAGAAGCAAAAGAUGAAAACAACCAGAAUAGCGUUGAACGCAACGCUGGUUCAAAAAUUGUAAAUGCGGAGAAUGUAGUAGGUGAUGACCCUACAAAUAUCUUGAAGAAAAAAACUGAAGAAAACGCUGAGAUUGAGAAGACUAAUGAGGAGGGAGAACUGAAUAAUGAAUGUUCUGUAACUGCAGAUGAUCAGAAAAUAGAAUCCGAAGUGUCACUCCCACAACCUUCUAAUAAAACUGCGAAUAAAGCCAAAAAAAGGAACAAGAAGCGGAAAAACAAAAAAAAAAAUUAG